ACUUCUUAACAACACUCGGCCUCAGUCAACAGGGAAACGUGGCUCUUGCCCCGUCUGGGAGUAUGACAUCAUCACAUUCUAGAACCUGAAAACCUCCCAGUUCCAUCAGGUUCACGGCGCCGAUGACAUCAUACAUGUAAAGUUCCAUAAAGCCUUGUUACCAUGGCAACUCCGGAACUCAAAGCUAAACUUCAAAGCUUUGUGGGCUUUAACUCAAAGCUUUGUUUGGCCUCGGGGAGAUUAUAAGAGUAGGCAAAUCGCAAAUCACAAAUCGAAAAUCACAAAUCGCUUAACGGAAAAGGCACAUUUAGCUGAGCUUGACACAGAGCAAAUCGUACAAAGAUUUCAAACAGUAGACUUCACAGAGGAGACUUUACAGAGUAGAUUUCACAGAGUAGGUCGCACUUUUUAUCUGCGUAACACUUCCAGGAGGUGAAGGGGGAACAGAAGACGGCAAAAUGGUGCAGUUGCAUGUGAAAAGAGGAGACGAAAGCCAGUUUUUGUUCAACACUUCUGUGGACGCGCCUCUGGAGACCGUAAUCCACCAAGUUACUUCUAUUUACAAUGGGAGGCUCAAGGUGGAGAGAAUAUGUGCAGAAAUUACAGAACUGGCAGAUCAUGGCAUCACUUUACCACCAAACAUGCAGGGCCUAACAGAGGAUCAAAUUGUGGAGCUGAAACUCAUAGAUGAAUGGGAAGAGAAGUGUGUUCCUAGUGGCGGUCCAGUGCUGAGGCAGGAUGAGAUAGGAAAGAGGAAUGGACAAGCUCCAAAUGAGAAAAUGAAAGAGGUUUUGAUGAAAACAGUAGAUGAAGCAAAAACGCUAAUUUCAAAGAAACAAAUCCAGGCUAAUGUGUGUGUCACUAUGGACAUGGUGAAAGAGGCUCUUGACCAGCUGAGAGGAGCUGUGAUGAUUGUUUAUCCCAUGGGCCUGCCUCCACAUGACCCCAUCCGGAUGGAGAUGGAGGACCGAGAAGACCUUUCGGGAACACAGGCGUCUCUUCAAGUUGUUCCUGAGGAGGACUGUCAGCUGUGGUGGGCUGCUAAAGAGAUGCAGAGAGGGAAAAAGCUCCAGGACUACAUAGGCAAGAACGAGAAGACAAAAAUUUUUGUAAAAAUUCAGAAGAAAGGCCAGGGGGCACCAGCGAGGGAGCCAUUGAUCACUGAGGAACAGCACAAACAGAUGAUGAUGCAUUACCACAGGAGACAAGAGGAACUCAAGAAACUGGAGGAGGCUGAUGACGACAGCUACCUGGACUCUGAUUGGUCGGAUAGACAGGCUCUCAAAAGACAGAUUCAAGGCUUAACCAACAUCAAAUGGGGACCAAGAUGA